AUGGAAGCCCUUCCGUUACCGACAAGAGACCAUAACUCCAUCGUGCUCGCCGCCGCCGAAGGGAAUAUCGCAGUGGUAGUAUCGCAUCUCAGCGCCUGCACCAAUGACAAUAGCAUGAAGCAGUCGCUUAAAGACACUGCGCUUCGAAACGCAACAGAGAAUGGUCGCGCCGAGCUUAUCAAGGUACUCCUCAAAGCCGGCGCACGGAUCGCGAUGGCGGAGGAGGAGUAUCGUGCUGACCUCAGAGCCUAUAAUCCAUAUCAGCAUGCCUCGCGGAGGACACCGUGCCCACCCACGGCGGUCCACCUAGCGGCACGGAAUGGACAUGACGAGACUGUGCGAGUCCUCCUGAACCGUCAACAGCGGCUCGCUAUAUGGCCGUGGUUCUACAGGAAGGGAUACUGGAUUACCGCACUGCAUGAGGCGGCGGCCUACGGGCGGUUAUCGACGGUCAAGUUGAUGCUGAACCGGGGUCUAAAGGUGGACUUGAAGUCUAGAUGUGGGCAGUGUAUCGCUGCUGGUUUUACCGGAAAGGGCAGGUGCGGGAUUUGCAAGACGUGGACGGCAAUCUUGGCCGCUGUUGAGCAUGGACAGGGCGAGAUGGUAUAA